AUGGGGUUUCGAAGUGACCGUUAAAUUCAGAUUUUAUGCCUAAAGGUCAUAGAUUCAGAAAUUAUUAUGAAUUUCGUAAUUUUUUCCGAAACAUUUAAACAUUAAUGUGUUUAUAAAAUAACAAAGCUACUAAACGAACAUCAGGACGUGUUAUCCAUAAAGUCGCUUUACCAUAGAAUUGUAUUCAUUUUCGGUUCCGAGCAAAGGUCCUUCAGUUCGAAGCGGUUUGACAGCGGAGUGGAGCAUCUUGUCAAUAAACUGUCUUUGAAGCUAGCAGAGGGGCUACGGCUAACAGCAGGCAGCGGACCCGGGCAGCUGCGCUCCUGAUCCGGGAUGAUGCCAAGCGACAGUACCAUGACUUCCAUCGUCCAGAGAAUAGCCCGACAGGCUCUGGUCACCUUCAGGAACCCACCAGGACUCGGUGAGGAGAGCGGAAAGUCCUUCGUAGAGAACCACGGUAAGCUGAAAAGCCUGAUGACGGAAGUCAGAGCGGCUGACCUGAAGCUCGUCCCGCGGAGAGCCGAGGACAGCGCGCCGCGGCCGAACCCGUACCACCACGGAGUGCCGCCGGUCACCUACAUGCACAUCUGCGAGACGGACCAGUUCAGCAUGGGGGUGUUCCUGCUGAAAAGCGGCGCCUCCAUCCCGCUGCACGACCACCCGGGCAUGCACGGCGUGCUCAAAGUCCUCUACGGGAAGGUCAGGAUCAGCUGCUUCGACCGGCUGGAGCGGCACGGCGGCGGGACGCAGGCGGCGCCGCCGCUGCCCCCGGCGCAGAUGGGCGCUCUGCGGCGCUCCGUGCUGCGGUCCUCCGCCGAAUACACGGAGGAGAGCGGGCCCUGCGUCCUCUCUCCGGAGCGGGACAACCUUCACCAGAUCGACGCCGUGGACGGGCCGACGGCGUUCAUGGAUAUUCUGGCCCCGCCGUAUGACCCGGACGACGGCAGGGACUGCCACUACUACCAGGUUCUCACCAAUUCGGAACCGAACUCCGCGGACGGGAAAGAGAAGGAGGUCUGGCUCAUGGAGAUCUCCCAGCCGCCUCACUUCUGGUGCGGAGGGGAGCCGUACCCCGGCCCGGAGGUGCACCUGUGAUCCGCCCGGACCGGACCGGGUUAAAUGGACCUGGCCCAGGUCCCGUACCGGGCUUCACGGACCUGGCCAGACUUAUUCUGGUACCACUUUAGAAUAAAGCUCCCCUUAUAGAUGGCUAAUAAAUAAUUUAGAGAUAUUAGAGAUGCAAAUCUUUCAGUGUUCAGAGAUUCAUUCCGAUUUUUAGAAUUCGAUUCAAAACGACUUUCGAUUAAAGCGGUCUGGAGAUUCUGUUUAAACUGUUCCUGACACGUCUGAUAAAAACAUUUAUUUCAUAUAUCAAAUAUAUAUCAAAUCCAUCAGUUUAUUUUAAACAUAAAUAUUUUUGUGCAUAAAAUUCUGUAACUUAAAUCUGCAGCAUUACGUUUUUCCUUAAGUCAAAAGAAACAUGUCAAACAAUUAUUCAUAAUAUAAUUUUACAAUAAAUGAAGCAGACUGAAAAUGAUUUUUGAGCAUUUUGAGUCGAUUCAUUAUUGCGAUUCUCUACAGAAUCAUUUUUUCUGCACCUAGUAAACAUGUUACCAUUCAUCUAUUAACACUUAAUGAAUCAUUAGAAACUGUUAUUGUUUUAUUUAGGCUACAUGCUAAAUGAAACAUUUACAAAUGCUUAUUGUGCGAAGUAGUAUAAUAACUAGAUAAAAUAUACUCAACAAUAGUUUUUCUCCUUAUCUCCUUUAAUUAAUGGUUUAUAAAGUAUUUAGAUAGUAAUUAACAUAUCUAUGAAAUAUUUAUUAGCCAUCUGUAAAGAGGAGCCUCAUUGUAAAGUAGUUCUGUUGUUCUGACCCAAAUGAAACAUAAUUGUGACUCAGAAUGUGAGUUUUCCUGCAGGCAGUCAGUCAUUAAUCUGUGCAGACCUGACCUGUGAUCUGCUGCUCCAGAGCUGGACUUUAUGACACGCUUUAUGUUUUUAGUAAUAAUUAAACAACACACCCAGAGGAGACGUUUGCUGCUCUGUAAUUGAACAUUUUCAGACCAGGAGAGAUGAAUUAAAAUCAGUUUUCUUUCCUGAUCUCA